AUGAAGGACAAUUUCUCGCCUAUCCCGACGCCUUUCUCUCUUUCCCAGUCCCUCGAGGCGUCAAGGCAUGCCUCCAGCGAUUACUUCGAUUUGCAGCAGGCGUCAGGCGCGAAGGUCUCAAGGGCCUUGUUGAGGCCCAAUGUCAAAAGCCCUAAUGUCGACGCUGAUAACGACUCACAAGCACCCAGCGCUGGGAUAGACGCUCUCCCCAACGAGCUGCUCGCGCACAUCCUCGAGCUUGCCUACUUGUGGCCGGGACGUGACGACCACCUUCGAGCGACGAUUCUACAGGUUUCUCGGAGGUUGAGGAACGUUAUGAUAGAAACACCAUCUGUUUGGAGCGUCUACUGGUUAUCCCAGGGGAACAUCGAGCAAUUCCUCCCCAUGUUGCCGGUCUACCUAGAGAGGUCCAAAGGAUACCCGCUCGACAUUGCUCUUCACUGCUACUGGGACCCAGAAAUCACCAGCACCGUCAUGGGGAUGUUUCUCCCUCACAGUCACCGGUGGCAGCACCUGGCGAUUACAACUCCCAAUCCGGACGUCUUCUCCUUCCUCGAGAGCACCCCCGUUCCGAUCCUCGAGUCCUUGAAACUUUAUCACUUCUCUUCAGCGCGAAGACUCGCCAUUCCCCGCGAAGUGUUCGACAACUCCGCCCCAAAGCUCUCCACGUUGCUUUUGCGAAACGUCAGCCUGGAUAGGAUCCGGAUGCCGCUCCGACAACUCUCGAAGCUGGAGCUUCGCGGGCACGGACGCUGGCCCCAGUAUUCCGAGUUGUGCGAGAUGCUCGCUGACUCGGAUACUUUGGAAAAGCUUAUCAUCCACGUGAAGCCUCACACCGUCCUCGAGGACAUCAACCGAGGCGACGAACCGCCCAUCCUUCUCCCCGCCUUGCGCACCUUCACGCUCUACACCUCGGAAUGGAUGACACCGCCCGUCGCAGAGUUGAUUCGGACAUUCUCCUGCCCCAACAUUGAGAGCUUGCUCAUCCAAGAAGACCCAGGUUCGGCUCCUUCCGCCGAACACGACAUCGUACGAUACACCGCCUCCCCUCAACCAACGCUCUCAGUCUACUUUGCGGACGCGGAAGUGGCGUGGCGCUGCCUCUCGCCUGAACAAUCCGAGAACCUCAAGGUUCUCCGGCUUCGACGGGCAGGGUGGUCAGACUAUUCUAGGUUGCUGAACAUGUUCCGCGCUUUACCUGCUUUGGAGAGUAUGGUCAUCACCGAGCUGAACCCUACCACCGUGGUUGAGGAACUGGAACCCGAAGCCUUACAGCGUGACGUCCCCAUCUCGAUUCCAUCGUUGCGCACCCUCGACAUCGACGUCAUCCGCAACUACUGGUCCCCUCAGAACAAAGACAUCUCCCGGUUCAUACGACUCUUCCGAUUACCCAACAUCGCUAACCUAUCUCUCCGCAACCUUUCUACCUCCGAAUGGCAAAACAUCCUCACCGUCUUCGAUGCUCACAACGAAGAUUACAAAGCCUUAACCUCGCUCACCAUCGCACAAAUGCACGACCUGACAGUUGGCGCUGCGGAUCACGAGAGCGACUCGGACUUGCCCUCUUCGACCCCCGUCGACGCCUUCCCGCACCUGCAGCACCUCUCCUUGAUCGAUGUGUCCGCCAAUCCUAUCCUUGUAUACCUUUUGAGCCGGUCUCAAACUCAUACCAUCGUUUGGCCUGAACUCCAGACUAUCACCCUACGCGGAAACACGUUUACUGGCAAGCCUCUCUUACAUCGGAUUAUAGAAGAUAGAAAAGAGCUGGGGAAACCGCUGGUGAGGCUCUAUCUAGACGCCUGUUUUAGGUGCAACGGAGAUUCUUGGGAGUAG